AAAUUUUAUUAAAUUCUUCUGGUUACGAUUAAAUUUAUUUUUUAGUAAAAUGUCUGAAAAGGAUUUUGAUAGUCCGGAUGAAUUGGAUGAGAAUUUGGCGUCUCCCGCCUCUGUGGAAGAGUGCCUCUCAAAGGCAACCGCCUUCAAAUCAGCCGGUAACGAAUUCUACAAACUCGCCAAAUUCCAAGAAGCCUCAGAUUCCUACAAUAGUGGCGUGAGUUGGAUGAAGAAGAUGAGUGAUUUCGAGCCUUCUCACAGGGAGCUGUUAAGUGUCUUAUACAGUAACUUAUGUGCCACAUACCUCGAAUUAUCCAACUACUCCAAAGCCCGAGAAGCCGCAAACGACGCCAUCUCAAACAAUAAAAAUAACAUCAAAGCGUACUAUAGAAGGGCUCAGGCGUUGUUUAAUAUUGGUUUGUUUGAGGAGGCCUUGGAGGACUGUAAUUAUCUCCUUGAAAUUGACAAAUCCGACCCCAACGUCAAUAAUCUUCUACGCAAAAUCAACCUCAAACUCAAACAAGCCAAUCAAUUACAGAAAAAAGUGUUUGGCGGCUUAUUUGACAAGGUUGGAGGAUUAUACGAUGACAGGCAACGGGAAAUGCAGGAUAAAAAACAACAGAAAUACCAAGAAUAUCUCACCUCACAACGCGAGAAGGGAGAGGCUGAGAUGGACUAUGAGGCUUGGGAAAGGUAUGAAGAGUUGGAGUCUGCUAAGAAAGAGGCUGAGAGAGCUAAAAAAGCCAAGGCUGAGGGUGAAACGGCUAAAAAAUCAGAUGAGACGCCUGAUUUCGACGAGGAAGAUGAGAAGAUCAUCAACGAAACAAAGAAAAUGGGCUAUUGCUAUUUCGGGGAAAAAAUUAACAACACUAAUCUACAAGCCAACACACUCACUCCACAAUCACUCACCCCCAAUUCCAACUUGGGAGACCAAUCGAAGAGAGCAAUAUCGUCCUGGAAUUCCCAGGGUACGACGUAUGAGGAAAAAGAUAUGACGCAAUGGUGUAAGAAAACCCUGGAACAAUUUCUACUGGAAUCCUCUUACCAAAAUGAACCCACACCACCAGACGCCUCACAAAACAUACUACAAAUGUUCAAUGACAUAAAUUUGGAGAUGGAUGGGAAUGGUUUGUGUAAGUUGCAGAAGUUGGCGGGUUUGAUGUGUCGUAGUAGUGUGAGGCCUUCGUCGGUGGAGGCUCUGGAGGGUGAUGCUCAAAUCGCGUUCAUCCGUGGCACCAGGCGAUACCUCUUUGAUUUCUCCUGUAACGUUAAUCUCAACAUUCAAGUGGACACCGGUGUCGGAGCAGACGCUCCGGACGACUCUCAGCUCUCCAAAUACCAAGUGGUUUUGGUGUUGCGGGAGAUCUCGAGUGAGCGUGAGAGUGGUAAGUCAUGGGUGGACUACAUGAGUGUAAAGUACAAAUCAAAACUGAAACCAGAGCACCAGGAACUGGUAAAAGACAUUCUGGACAAGUACAAACAGAACGUCUCACUCAAAAUCGAUCAAUUCCUAACACAUUAUCAAACGCAGUAAUAUUCUCUCAUAUUC